AGUCCGCAGCAGGAGCAGCUUGAGGAGGCUGAGGACCGCCCGUCUGGAGCAAGUUGGUGAUUUGGCUUCAGCACCCAUUCAAACUGGCCAUAGUGCUCAUCUGCACAAUUAUAGGUUUGCUAUCAGUGUUCCAGGUAUGGAGUUCAAGAAUGCAUAAUUGCGGCGCAGUGCUGAGAAUGUGUGGUUGCUGAAUAUCUUACCUGGUUGUCCUCUAUUUUUGUGCCUCUUUGGCUCAGUUUUGUCCUUUCUUUAGCUCUCAUUCUCCUGUAACAAAGCACCCAUAAUGUCACAGCCAUCUGAUGCUGAGCCCGUCAUAGUUGUACCUGCUGCCCCAGCAGAACCCACCACUGAACCAACAUACUCCACCUCAACACCUAUUGCACCUGCAACCAAGGCUGCAUUCUGGAGGGAGAGGAAAAAAGUCCCAGAGAAGACAGAUGACUUCCUGCUGGCCAGGUUUCAGGGUGAUGGAGUGAGGUAUAAAGCCAAGCUUAUUGGUGUGGAUGAUGUCCCAGAAGCCAGAGGGGAUAAAAUGUGUCAGGAUUCCAUGAUGAAACUAAAGGGCAUGGCAAUAGCUGCUCGUUCUCAAGGCAAGCACAAGCAAAGAAUCUGGGUGAACAUCUCUCUUACAGGAAUCAAAAUUGUGGAUGAGAAAACUGGGGUUAUAGAGCAUGAGCAUGUGGUGAAUAAGAUCUCAUUCAUCGCUCGUGAUGUCACUGAUAACCGGGCAUUUGGAUAUGUGUGCGGAGCAGAGAGACAGCACCAGUUCUUUGCUAUUAAGACCACUCAGCAGGCUGAGCCUCUGGUCACUGAUUUGAAGGACUUAUUUCAGCUGAUCUUCAACAUGAAGAAGAAAGAGGAGGAGGCUGCACUGAAGGGUGAAGCAAAUGGUUCAGCGAUCAAGAAUGGUAGUGAUACUUUACUCACCCUGGAUGACAAAGAAAAUGCUGUGACGACUGUGGAGCAGAUGAACCUGUUCGGAGAUAUGUCCACACCACCAGACAUUCACUCUCCUACGUCACCUGGAAAUGACCUGUUUGGAGCUGACCUCUUCGCUCCACCAACCCAGAAUGAGUCUCUUCCCUCAAACCAAAAUUCCUCCAUUCCAGCUGACCUAUUUAACGCCACACCAGACUCCACCAUCAAUGCACUUGGUUCAUUAUCUCUGGGCCCUGCUUCUGUCACUCAAACUCCUGGAACAGCCCCAUCUCCAUGGGGUCAGACACCCACAAUGUUUCCUCCUCAGGGUGUUGUUCCUCAAGUUAUAGUUCCAGGGGCACUGCCAAAACCUUUCCCUCAACCGUCUGCCUUCGAAGGCCUGCCUGCACCUUCAUGGGGGCCACAAGGAGCUUCACCUUUUGGUCCACCAGCUGCCACGCAAGCCUGGGGUCAACCAGGAACCACAGCACCUGUUGCGGCCUGGCACACCUCUGGUCCUAUGGCCAGCCCAUUCCAACCAAAUCAAUUCCCCACCAUGAUGCCUCCUAGUGCAAUGAUGGGCGGGCAGCAGGGUGCCUUGGUUCCCCCUCGUCCUCCACCCCGUCCCCCAGUGAAAGAAGAACCCCUAGCAGUCAAAAGUGCCUUUACAGCAUUGGACCCCCUUGGGGAGAAGAAAACAGGGAAAGACAUGUUCAAAGAUUUCCAGAUGGUCAAGCCCCAGAAAGCUGAACAAGGAACUGACCCAAGCACCAAUGGCUCCUUUGACCAGUACUUUUCCAGUAAGGUUGGCUUGGCUCAGGAGGUGGCAGACCAUGAUGACUUUGACAUUAACCAAAUCUCAGUUAGCUCAAAUGGGCCAUCCAAACUUGCUCCUCAGCAGUCCUUCCCUCAGGGUCUGGGUCUGACCCCGGCCCCAACAGCAGGGCUUUUCGAUGUUGCCUUCUCUACUAAUCCUGCCUCUGCAACUCCAAACCCAUCUCUUGCAGCAGGCUUGAACCUUUUUGAUGAAACUUUUGGAAAUGACCCUUUUGGUUCACCACCCCUGAAUACAAGCACUCCAGCCACUCAGUCUGCUGUGUCUGCAGAUGCUUUUGGAGAUCCUUUUGGGGAAAAUCCAUUUGCCUGAGAAGCUUCUUCUUAGCAAUUCUGUACAUUCCCACUGCUCUAGUGCUGCUGAACCAGAGGACCACACAAGCAAUGCAGAGUUGAUAUCUGCAUUCCACUUAAGACAAAAAAAGUGUGCACAUUAAAAUCUUUUUCUUGUAUUUUGUGCUCCACUGUUCUCAUUCCCAUUGUAUAUCUACUGUAACGUCCUCUCUUUCUGUGCCUUUAUAACUAAUCACAGAUCAGUCUUUCUCUCAAAACUCAAAGCAAAGCCAUUCAUCAAGGUAAUUGAAGUAGGGUUCUGUUAAGUGUGAUUAGAGGUACACUAUUUUUCUUUAUCCAAGUAUCCUAAGCAUUUAUGAAAAAAUAAAAUGCUUCAUCCAAAUGAUUUGUCAUUAAAGAAAAUGAAUUAU